GAUCCAAUCUGGUCACGUCUUUUGUGUCGUUUACGAGAACUUCUGCUGCUAUUUUACAAGGAAGCCAGUUUACGUGCCUUGUUAUGUAUCGGAUAUGUUAUAAGAAAUAAUAAAAUACAGAAAUGGAUCGUUACAUUAUAAGGUUUUCUCAGGGAGGCGUUCUGUUAAGUUGCUGAGGAAAACAGUGCCAUUGAAUCUUUAGUAACCUAUAUGUUGUCAAGAUGGAUUUAGGCCGACAAAUCAUCGCAAAGUUACAAAAAAUAAAUAAGUCGCAGAUCACGUCGCCAGUGACUUUACAAGGUCUUGAAGUACACUUUUACCUGCCGGAUACACACCAGUUAAUUUACCACAAAGGUCAUCUUUCAGCGGAGGAGUUGUGUAUCGAGGCUGCCAAGAAGUUAGGUCUGUCUCCUCUGUGCACUUGUCUGUUUGCCCUCUACAAUGAAACUGGAAAUAUCUGGUAUUCUCCUAAUUACACCUUCACCAUAGAUGACAGGACGAGAUUAAAGCUGCACUAUCGUAUGAGGUACUACUUUGUUAACUGGCAUGGGACUAAUCCAGACACUCCACCUAUACUGCGACAUACUCACAAACGAACAAACGCUCAAGGAACAGCUCUUCUGGAUGCAGCCUCUCUGGAUUACCUCUAUGCACAGAGCCAGCAUGACUUCCAGAGUGGCCUGGCCCCACUGCGAGGCCCUAAGACCCAGGAAGAUGCCCAACAGAUAGAGAAUGAAUGUUUGGGCAUGGCUGUAAUGGCAAUUUCCCAUGAAGCCAUGGACAAAAAACUAUCCAAAGUGGAACUAGUCAAGAAAUUCAAGUACAAAAACUACAUCCCCAUUACUCUGAACCAGGCCAUCUCCCAGAGGAACUUCCUCACUCGCCUGCGCAUUGCCAACGUGUUUAAGGCAUUCCUGGAAGAGUUCAGCGAACAAACCAUCAAGAGCACCAGCAUCAGCAAGCACGACCUGAAGGUCAAGUAUAUUUCCACUCUGGAAACCCUCACAGAGCACUUUGGCUGUGAGGUGUUUGAUUCCUCGUCCCUCAACAUCCACGAAGACGACGAGCCCUCCCUGUGCUCCGGCGGAGAGGACCGAGCCCGGUAUCUCGUGCUCGUAUCCGGAGUAUGUGGCAUUAAAUGGCGAAAGGUUCCAGCUGAGAACUUGCCAAACCCAUGGAGCAACCUUCAGAAGAGGAAAUCAAGCAGGGGCAGAAGGCCUCAGAAUCAACAGAAUAAUGACUCACUUGUUGCAACCAAAGACAGUGGCUGGAUGACCUUCUCAGAUUUUCAUGAGCUCACGCAUGUUGUCAUCAGGAAGUGUUUGGUGACAGUUUACAGACAAGACAACAAAAGGAUGGAACUGCAACUGGGUAACCAUGGAGAGGCCUUGUCCUUUGUCAGUAUAAUAGACGGAUACUUCAGGCUCACUGUGGAUGCACAUCACUUCCUGUGCACAGAGGUGGCACCCAUGUCAGUGGAGACUAACCUGCAUGAAGGAUGUCAUGGUCCAAUCAGCACUGAAUAUGCCAUUCAUAAGCUGAAGCAGGAGGGCUAUGAGGAUGGCAUGUACCUUCUCCGUUGGAGCUCUGCUGAUCAUGAACACGUUCUGCUCACAGUCAUUUGUACUGAGCGGGAUGUCUCUGGUGGGACAGUCAAGACAUUCAAGAACUUCCAGAUUGAGAAGACAGAGAGUGGCUAUCACCUGUGUGGAACUAAUAUCGAAAAGCCCACUCUCAGGGAGCUGACAGACCAGCUGUCGGGCCACUGUCUGAGUACAGACAGCACCACCCUGAAGCUGACCCGAGGCUGCCCACCGCAACCAAGAGAGCUGUCCAAUCUCUUAAUGGUGACAAGGCCUGAUUUGGUUGCACCACCCUCGUUGACCAGUCAGCUUGUAUUCCACAGGAUUAACAAAGAAGACAUUGUUCAGGGUGAGCAUUUGGGCAAAGGAACUCGUACCAACAUCUACUCAGGCUGGCUCAAGAUGCAUAACACUGCGGAUACAGGUCUAGUGGGCACCCAGAGCCCUGAGGAGGUCAGGGUGGUCCUGAAGGUGCUGGGAGCGGGAAACAAGGACAUUUCGGCCUUCCUGGAAACUGUGAGCCUGAUGCGUCAGAUCUCUCACAAGCACAUGGCCAUCCUUCAUGGCAUCUGCAUGCACAGCAUGGACAUUAUUAUGGUGGAGGAGUUUGUGCUGCACGGCCCUCUGGACAUGUUCAUGCGUGCCCAUCACUCUGAGCUAACGCCCUCCUGGAAGUUCCAGGUUGCUGACCAGCUUGCGAGCGUCCUCAGUUACCUGGAAGACAAGAAACUUGUCCAUGGCUACGUGUGCACAAAGAACAUUCUGUUGGCCAAACAUGGUCUAAAUGGACAAGGAGUUCCUUUCAUAAAGCUCAGUGAGCCUGGUGUACCUAUCACUGCACUCAACAGAGAAGAAUGUAUUAGCAGGAUCCCCUGGAUUGCUCCAGAGUGUGUGAAGAACCCCAAAGCGCUCGGUGUGGCAGUGGACAAGUGGGCCUUUGGUACAACACUGUGGGAGAUCUGCUACAACGGAGAGGCACCGCUCAGGGACAAGAAACUCACAGAGAAAGAGCGGUUCUACGAAGCUGAGGGCACACUAGUGAUUCCCAACAGCAGCGAGCUGGCCAACCUGAUCACUCAGUGCAUGAACUACGACCCCAGAAAGAGACCUUUCUUCCGGGCCAUAGUCCGAGAACUGGACCGAAUCAAGGAGCAGAAGCCCUCUAUGGGGUCGAAUGCCAUUCCUACGCUGGAUGUUGAUCCCAGUCUUUUUGAUAGCAGAUUUCUCAAGAAAAUAGAUGAUCUAGGAGAGGGUCACUUCGGGAAGGUCGAGCUUUGCAUAUACGAUCCCUAUGGGGACCACACCGGACAGAUGGUGGCUGUGAAGUCCCUGAAGUCGGAGAGCGAUGGCCCGGAGAGCUGCAACCUGAGGCGUGAGAUCAGCACCAUGCGCGAGCUCUACCACCAGAACAUCGUCAAAUACAAAGGCAUCUGCACCGAGGAGGGAGGGAGGACUAUCAAGCUUAUUAUGGAGUAUCUACCUGCUGGCAGCCUGAAGGACUAUCUACCCAAGAAAAAGGCCCAGAUCAGCCAGCAUAGGCUUCUGCUAUAUGCCAUGCAGAUAUGCCAGGGAAUGGACUAUCUAGGGUCUCAGAACUACAUCCACAGGGACCUGGCAGCCCGCAAUGUUCUGGUAAAGAGUGAGACUCAUGUGAAGAUUGGAGACUUUGGUCUGACCAAGAGCAUCAAAAAUAACGAAAACUACUACACAGUAAAGGAAGAACAGGACAGUCCCGUGUACUGGUAUGCCCCUGAGUGUCUGAUCCACCGUAAGUUUUACAAAGCCUCUGAUGUCUGGUCUUUUGGAGUCACACUGUAUGAACUCAUGACCUACUGUGACCGCAAAUGUAGCCCCCCUGAGAUGUUCCUGAACAUGGUUGGUCCAUCACAAGGGCAGAUGACUAUGGCGCGAUUAGUGAAAGCUCUGGAGGGUGGGUGGAGAUUGUCAUGCCCACCAUCUUGCCCAGAUAUGGUAUACACCCAGAUGCGCAAGUGCUGGGCCCAUGCCCCAGAGGACAGGGUGGACUUCACACACCUGAUCACAGUCUUUGAACGACUCUUGUCCGAAGAGGAGCUCAGCUCAGUUCGCAGCUGUUAAGUGUUUCAGAUUGAGCUGCCCUCAGACAUGAUGGUUCUGAUUCAUCUGGAUAGUCACCUAUUCUGUAUCACUUCUAGAAUGAUCUCACUUAUGGUUUAUGUUUAUUGGCAAUGAACAGAGGUGCUGUCAUUUCCCAUACUUGUCCUUGCUACAAUGUGACUGCUAAGUAUUUUUUAUAAAUCUUAAAUAUACAGACAACCACUUAAAGAAGGAGAAAAACCGAUAAGAAUUCAUCUGGAACUGUGGUAUUCUGCUACCCUUACAAAAGAUUUAUCAUGCAUUUAUCACAUAAUCAGCUAUUUUUUUAAACUUUUUUCAGCAAUUUGUUUUUAGUUUUGUUUUUAAUGUUAAAUAUGGUACUGUGCAAAAAAAAUUGUGAACCAUUUAUCUGGGAAGUGUUUAUUUGCAUAAAGUGUCAUGAUGAUCAAUUUUACAACCUUCUUUUGACUUACUGCCUUUUGUUUUUACUUUCUCACACAACUUUAGUUAUGUUGCGGUUGAAGCUCUGUUCUGCACAUUCUGUAAGUAGACAGAUGUGAAUCUUAACUGUGUUUCACUGUGCUUUAAGUCAUCAUAAUGAAAGACUUGCGAGUCAAAAGUAUGUCCGAUGGGGGAAGAACACAUAGAAAAUAAUUGCUACUCUUCACAUUUUUUUUGUUUAAUGCUUUUUUUCAUUAGGUUUAGUGUAGUAAUGUUAAGUGUUUUACAUGCAAAAAAAUGUACCAUCCAGAUAAACAACUCGUACAGUUUUAUCUUCUAGUUAAAAGUUCCAGUGAAAAUGGCAGACACACACAUAGUAUGUGAAUAUAGAAAAAUUAAACCUCUUGACAUCA